CGCUUCCACCGCCGAGUUCAGCAGGAGACUUGUUUGUGUAUUUGAAAGUACAUCGACAAGAUCACCAUCACUACAACAAAAACAACCCGAUUUUGUCUUCCACGGGACUUUGGCAUGACUUUUAAGAGCUGAAAUGGCAAAAGGGAAGAGAAAUGUGCUGAGGAUCAAUAAAAAGCCUGAUAAUUCUGAAAACAAAGUAAGUGCCACGGAUUCAAAGGAAAACAAACCAGCAACAAACAAGGACCGUCCCAGCAAAGUCCAGUCGGCGCUCCACAGUCUCCUAAGUCCACGGAAACCAAGAACCCCUCUCGGCGAGAAUCCAACCAUGCUCAUCCCAGAGGGAAAUGAAUCGGGUGCUGCAAGUGCUGACGUGACCAAGUUGAAGAAAGACCCUGAGAUCUCCAGUGAUGAUGGUAAAUCUAAGGAGCAGAAGUCUGAACCCAUCCAUGGCACCAAAGACCCAGUCACUGAGACCAAGCAGGCGAACCAGUCAACCUCCACAGCAAAUUCUACAGAUGACGGUGUGGUUCCCAAAGCCAAGGCUCAAAAAGGUCGCAAGACUAGGACCAAAAAGACGGAAAAUAAAACUCCCAACAGGAAGGUGACGGACUUCUUCCCUAUCAGGAGGAGCAACAGGAAAACAGAGGGAGAAUUAAAAGAUCAAGAACAUAAACACAUCGACAAGCUCAUCCUGAGUGGCACUGAAGACGGGAUGGAGAUACGGCACAUAGAGGGGAAAGGAAGAGGCGUGUUUGCCGUGAGCGGCUUCAGGAAGGGGGACUUUGUGGUGGAGUACCAUGGAGACCUCCUGGGUCUUGGAGAAGCAAAGGCAAGAGAGGCUCGCUACGCUCAGGAUCCUUCCACUGGCUGUUACAUGUACUACUUCCAGUAUCAAAGUAAAAGUUACUGCGUCGAUGCUACCAAGGAAAGCGGGCGCCUGGGUCGCCUCAUCAACCACAGCAAGGCUGGAAACCUUCAGACCAAGCUGCACCCCAUCGACGGGACCCCGCAUCUGAUUCUGGUGGCAGCCAAAGACAUCCAAGAGGGCGAAGAGCUCCUGUAUGAUUAUGGCGAUCGGAGCAAGGAGUCCAUUUCGGCUCACCCCUGGCUCAAGAGUUGAACGUCCUCUCCUGCGUCCCGCUGCUUUGCUAGUGCUACAGACUAUUCCCACAGACCUUUUACUUGUAUAGACAGAGACCUUUCUUUUUUAUUUUUUAUUUUUUUACAGGGUUUGUGAAGCUGUUUUUUUAAACAUGAUUUUAAUGGAUUAGUUCCUGUAUAAUUAUGCUGUCAACUUAAGGAUGAGUUUAUCCCACUGUGAAGAUUGAUUUGAGUGUCGCUUUUGUAUAUUAUUGCUGCAAACCCUGGAAUAAACCUUGGAUGUUCCCUUCACAAGUAAGGUGACAUCCCUGCUCUCACUGUAAAUCAAUGAGGCCUUCAGCAGAAGCGGGAGUCUCAUCCAUCCAGGUCUUCGCGAUCACAUGGUUUAAACAUCGGCAUGUCCAGUUGCCCGCUUAGAAUUUGCUCGGUUUACAUUAUGAAUUUAUCAACAUUUUUGAUUCACUAAAUGAGUUAUUUAAAGUAUUAAAAGUAUAACAGAAAAAUAAUAAAUGACAUUCAGGAAUGGAUGUAUUUCAGUUGUGCAGUUUAAUAAACUAGUAACACCACUUUCACCGAGUGCUUUAAAAGCAUACAGAUCAUUUUGUUCCCAAGACAUUUUCUGAAGUUCACAGAUGUUUCCAUUAGUGACAUCAAGGCCCAGUCAAACCAACAGAGCCAGUCACACUCGCACCAAAUCCUUCAUUCUGUUUCAGGGUGAUGAGACACCACUGAGCUGCGAGUAACUCAACAGAAGGGCUACGAUAAAGAAAUGUUUUCAAUGGAACAUUCAUAUAGCUAAUGUGCAUCCAGCUCCAUGUUUUUCCAGUCACAAAUGUCAGUUCAAUGGCCAACAAACAAAAUCAAUGAGAUGACUUUACUUUUUUACUGUGAGUUUAAACGCCUACAUUUGAUCAUUUCACAUGUAAUUAUAUGUAAAAAGCCAUUAUAAACUUAAGUCCAUUUUCAAUGCCCAUUAAUACAAACAUUUUCAGUUGUAUUAAACAAAAUAUUUCGAUAAUAAAUUGGAAUGCAUGAGGAAAACACAAGCAUGGAUUAGUAUUUGUACAGUCUUAAAAAUAUAUAUAUAUUGAAGUUUGCUAUGUUUAUUAGCAGUGUACAUGUUGAUAUGAUACAAAUGGAAUUAAAGUUUUAUUUAUGUUUGAGUUAGUCAGCAAAUAUAUAUGACCGCUGUCUUAAAUGGUCUGGAAAUAGAUAUAUUAUUAUUAUUAUUAUUAUUAUUAUUAUUAUUGCCUGAGAAAAAAAAAUCUGUUUUAUUGAUGCCAAUGAGUUAGUCUUGGAAAAACACAUGUUAAAUUAUGUUUGAAAGAAAUUAUGUUGCCGUAACAAGUGUGGGGCUGACUGGCGGCUGGUGAUCUACCAAGCGCUCCCAGAGGUACUGGCUCAGGCUUGGGUUGGUUGCGACACACGGAUAUUCAAUAAAGCUUUUCUCUCUC